GUUGCUUGAAUGCCUGCGUCUAGAUUUUAAAGCUCUAGGAAGACGCUGCUAUGCAUUGUGCGUCUGCAACUCAGCUGUUGCCAACAGCCCGAUAUGACGCCAAAGAACAGGAGUAGAAGCUCGACAGAAGCGGAAAUUCGACGAGAUUGGACAUGAGCCAAUCCAGAGGUAGAGAUCGCCUUAGCAAUACGGCAGAAGAAUUUGCGUUGGUGAUACUGGGUCAAGUAUGUUGAUGGACUUGUUGAUCAUGAUACAGACGCCCCAAACGGCAUCUCGGUGCGUCGCUAUAAUAAUAGAAUCGGCAUGACCCAUGCCGGUGCACAGCGGGGACAGUAGUGGCAGGCGGAAGACGAUGUAUAAACGAAAUGCUUAUAGUGCAGAAUGUUUCGCCCGACUUCGAAUUCUCGUCUUCGUCCCAUACCUACUUUACUUGGGUUCGGUCCAGUCUUCCCCCCACCCUCUUCCCCUCGACGAGACGCAUGCCUGCUGCAGCUCCAGCGUCCUCCUCGGCCUCGUCUUGCUAUCCGUAGUUUCCAGUAUCCAGUUUACUUUCUUCUACAGCUAUUCAGACAACCAUGCAGAAGCCCAAUAAUAACGAGAUUCGAGAAAUAGCAGUCACUGCCUCCGGAUCCGUUCCAUCCACUUCAGCGCCAAAGGUAAAGCCGGGCGCAGCGUGGAAAGCAAACGAACAGCAUGUGCUGCCAGAAAACCGUUUAAUGAUUGUGUUUCCUGGAUUAAUGUUAUGCGUCUUCCUUGCUGCUCUUGAUCAGACGAUUGUAGCCACCGCACUCCCGACAAUCGUCUCCCAGCUACAUGGAGGGAAGAGCUACAGCUGGGUUGGCUCGGCAUAUCUUCUUGGUGCAGCUACUCUCUGCCCUCUGUAUGGCAAGCUUGCAGAUGUUUUUGGCAGGAAGCCAGUCCUGUUUGGAGUCAUCGCCAUCUUUCUGGUCUCGUCCGCCUUAUGUGGCGCCGCGCAGAGCAUGACAUGGCUUAUAGUCUGCCGAGCGAUCCAGGGAAUCGGCGGUGGUGGCAUCUUACAACUGGUUCAAAUUACCGUCUCUGAUAUAGUCAGUCUGGAAGAGCGAGGGAAAUAUGGGGGAUUCAUAGGCUCGACCUGGGGAAUUGCCAGUGUAGUCGGGCCGCUCGUGGGAGGGGCAUUCACGGAUCAUGUCACUUGGAGAUGGUGUUUCUUUGUAAAUCUCCCCACAGGUGGAAUUGCCGCAGUCAUCCUUUUCUUUUUCCUUAAUCUUAACCCUCACCAUGGCCGGCCGCUCAAGGAACAUCUCGCUGAGCUUGACUUCCUUGGUCUCAUCCUUAUCGUUGGUGGGGUUGUUUGCCUACUCCUCGGUUUUGAUUUCAGCGAGACGGGCUGGUCGGCCCCCCAGACUAUCGCUUUGAUAGCGAGUGGUGCGGCUUUACUCGUUGCUGGAGGGGUGAACGAGGCGUUCACCAAACGCUCUGCAAUCGUACCGCCGCGGCUAUUCAGGACUCGUACAACGACCAUUAUUCUCGUGACAUGCUUCUUCCAUGCUUUCGGGUUUUUCGCCACAACGUACUACCUCCCACUCUUCUUCCAAGUCUUGGGUUCAAGUGCAACUGGUGCCGGCAUACGGAUGAUUCCUUACUCGCUUGGAUCUUCCGCGAUAUCAGCAACUUCUGGGCAGUUCAUUGCACACUUGGGUUAUCGGCCCAUCAUCUGGACUGGUUACACAAUUAUGACGCUUGGAUACGGGUUGAUGAUCAUGCUGGAUGACAAGUCCAAUGGUGCUGAACGGGCACUCUAUCCCCUGAUUGCCGCCGUCGGCACUGGAUGCCAGUUCCAGAUACCACUAAUCGCUUUGCAAGCUGCGAUGCCGUUGAAAGAUAUGGCGACGAGUACGGCAACGUUUGUCUUCGUACGGCAGCUCGGCGGCACCAUUGGCGUAACUAUCGGCCAGGCAAUAUGGUCAUCGGAACUCCUUAAAAAGGCCAGAGCCUUAAAAGGCGUAUCCAUCGAUACUUCACCAGGAGCAUUGAUCCAGAGCGUCCGGUCUUUACGGAGCUUAUAUCCAGACGCAACGCAACGUCGGAUAGUUAUCCACGCCUAUACGGACUCUAUCAGGGUAAUAUGGCUCACCGUAACACCGAUGGCUGGCAUCUGUCUGCUCCUCUCGCUCUUCAUGCGCAAGUAUACGCUGAAACGCACGACAAUUCGCGGAGGAAAGGGCCGCGCAGAUAACAAGUCAGAAGCUGAUCCAAAUGAGUUUGACGACGUUGAGGCUGGGUUUGAUGGGAGGGACGAUCCAGGGGAUGAGGUCGACGAAAAGAAGGCGGCCCGCGAAAGGGGGGUUAUUGAGGCACGCGAACCUGACGACGGUGCUGCCGAGGUCCGAAAGAUUGAGCGAGAAACUUCACCUACGAACACUGUAGUUGAUUCGCACGAACAUUUUCAAAGAGUUUGA